AUGGCGCCUGGAUGGAGCUGCAGGAGGCAGGACAAUGACAGAUUACAGCUGUCAACCUACAUCAUCAUCAUCACGCCAACGCGCCGAUCCGCCAAACAUCCACAGCUGUCCUCCGGCUCCGGCUCCGCUGUCCUGCCCAUCUAUCUGUGCUCCGUCCUGCGCUCCUGUAGCGUCCCCAAAGUUUCUUUUUCGCUCUCUAUCCGCUCGUCUUUCCUCCUUAUGUCUCAGCCAUUCAUUAUCAAAAUGCGCUCCCGAGUCAGGACACAGCAGCAUGACCAUUUCAACAAGGGCGUAAUACUACUCUCUAAUCAAUCAUGGGAAGUAGUGUGCAAACAAGGUCCAAAAUCAUGGUUAGGUCCAAAAUCAUGGUUACAAAAAGUUUUAGAACGCAUCAGGGAUGGCUUUGGUGAGCACAUUCCAGACGAUGUCAGCUCUAAGAGAGGACUGGUACUACAUUGCUGGCAAAGCCAUUGCAGUGAGCUUGGUACAUGGCGAUCCACCACCAAACUUCCUCUCGCAGACAUAGCUGACACAGAACUCUUGGAAAAAGUCAAAAAGGUAUCUGAAAGUACAACCCUUGAGGACCUUGAAAAGUCAAAUGCACCUUUGCUUGACUACUUGGCCAAUGCAGGAUGUCUGAGGCCUAUGCGGUCGAUAAGAGACAGGGAUCUGCUGGUACAAGAAAUUGUCAUGUUUCAGGUCAUCCACAGGGUUCAAAGUCCAUUUCAAAGAUUCUGUGAAGGAGUGAAAACUCUUUGGGUUCAGGACCAAAUACGAAGACAUCCAGACAGCUUUCGACCAUUGUUCUGCUAUGAGCUGUGGAUGAUCUUUUCAGCAUUCAUCUCUCUCCAGAAGGGAGCAACAAGAGAGCUGCUGAGGAGAUGGUCGUUACUUUCUGGAGGGACUAUCUCCAAAAUGCAGAAGAAGAAGGGCCAUCCAAACUAGAGAAGAUAUUGGCCUUCACAACUUGAGCAUCUGACCAGUUCAUUCACAAAGGAGAUGAUGGCUUCUCUACAUCAAUGUUCCCUCUUGCCAACCCAUGUGUUAACUGCAUCAACUUGCCACUACAUGUGUCUUACCAACUGUUCAAGGAGAAGUUUGACUUUGCAUUAGGAAACACAUAUGGGUUUGGCAGGGCAUGAACAUGUCAUGCUCUGAAAACUUUUUCUGUCUGUGUCUCACUUUCUCUGUUUGUCUCUACCUUUCUGCUUGUCUCAGUCUGUUUUCUGAAACAAACAAGAGUUAUUUUUUUCAUUUCUGAAUGCCGUAUGCAAUAUAACUUAUGUAUUUUAUAUAGUUUCACCACAAUUCAGUUGACUCAGUCAGCCUGUUUUAAAACAUUUACAUUUUAACGGCAUGUUUCAUAUUUUUACCAAACUUUUUACCAAAUGUUAAUUUAUUUUUGAUAAAAUGUUUUACGUUUUAACAAAACUUUAAUUCACAGAAUACACUGCACAAGUGAAGAAAACAUUUUAACAAACCUUAAAAUAACUCCUAUGUUAUUCACUUAAAGUGCAGAAGUGAAGAAAAAACAUCUAUUCCAUGGUUCCCAUCAUUUUUUUCAAGUGGGUUUACUUGUUGAAUAAUUUUAGUUGUGGUGUCAUUAAUAGUAACAUCUAUGUCUGGAAUUACAACAUUAUUAUUGGUUUGAAGUUCAGGUAAUGGCCCUUCUUCAUCAAUGCCAUAGUUGUUAUCGGCAUCAAAAAUGCUGUUUAGAGCUGGAUGGAUUCCUGCAUUAUUAAUGACACCUGAAUGCCACAGCUGGAGGUGUCUGCCCCCCUGGU